UAUUUAGCGGGCGCUAGGACCCAGCGGCUCCCUCCUCCAUGCAGCAGCACUCUGCCGCUGAGAGACGAGGACCAGAAAUCUGCAGCUCACAGAGUGAAGAGAUCAAAAUGAUGCUGCCUGUAAAAAGGGAUUAAACUCUGGGCACCACCUCGCGCGGAUCGGCUGCUGCUGCUGGAUAAUACCGAUUUGGCACCGGGGCGUCGAGAAAGGAGACAUGCCGCCGCUGAGCAUCCGUCGCGACGCUUGACUCACCAUGAUGAAGACCGACUCCACGUCCAAGAGCACCGGCUCUGGCUCCACGCUCAGGAGCCCAUCCCCGCACAGGAACGCGUACGAGGCGGGGAUGCAGGCCCUGAAGCCCGUCAAAGACAAUGCCGCCAACGGGGACCUGCAGGACGGCCCCCGAGGCCGCAGGUACGGCUCCAACGUGCACCGUAUAAAAAACAUGUUCCAGCAGAUGCAGACCACGUUACCCGACGCCGAGGGAGAGGAAUGCGCCAGGGAUGCCGACAAAUCGGUGCGCCUUUCCCUCCCCAGAGCCGGGAGCCUGAACGAGAACGUGGACCACAGCGCGUUGCUGAAGCUCGGAUCCACCGUGUCCGAGCGGGUGAGCAAAUUCGACGUCACCAAACCGGAGAACGGGCACCCGCGGGCCUCGUCGCCCAGCUACUCCAAGCUGCAGGAGACCCGCCGCAUCUUCGAGCAGCAGCAGGAGAGGCAGCAGCAGCAGGAGAGGCAGCAGCAGCAGCAGGAGAAGCAGCAGCUGCAGGAGAGGCAGCAGCUGCAGGAGAAGCUGGCCACCACCAGGGUCCUGCUGAAGACCGACAAGGCCUCAGGCUUCCAGGAUGGCAGGCUGGACGUCAUGGCUCGCUUCAACGGCAGCACGGAGUCCCUGGACAGCCUGGACACCAGCGAGGCCGUGUCCCCGACGGUCAGCCAGCUCAGUGCUGUGUUUGAGCGGGCGGCGGAGCUCCGGAACAACCUCCACCGCCUCUCCUCCACCCCGCCGCUCCCCUCCAGGGGGGUCAGCGCCAAGGUGGGCGUGUUGAACUCCAAAAUAAUCACAAAGAGGGUUUGUGCCUUCGCAGCGGGCAGCCAGGAGCAAGAUGUAGGCAAUCAGAUGGGCCGCGAGGGGCCUCCGAGGGGCCCCCGGGGGAGGAUGGCUACUCCUUCCGAAAGCUUCAAUGGGGGUCAAAGCCCCCCGGAUGCCGAACUUUACGGCACUUCAGGAGAGCCGAACGAGCACCGAGAAAAGACAGUUUCAGAUGCAGGCGUUGAGGUCAAACCUGAGGACUACCACGAGGACCACAGCGCGACUCUGCAAGGCGACGUCCGCCUCUCCGUGGAGAACGGGGACGCCGCUGCCCAUGAGCCGAGCUCUCCAAAGGGCGGGGGCGGGAACGCCAGGCACGCCGGGGACGAGGCGGACGGCCCCCCUCCGGCGGGAGACGGGUCGGGGCGCGACCCGGUGGACAUCAGCACCUACAGCGCGGUGGGGGAGGACUUUGGGGGAAGCCAGGUGGAGGAGGAGGAGGAAGAGGAGGAGGUUGACGACCGCUACGAUCCCGAGUCCAGCUGCGCGGAGAUCACGGGGCUGCCGGCGGAGGAGGACCCGCCCCCCUCCAGGAAGAUCCGCUUCAGCACGGAGCCCAUCAAGGUGUUCGCCACCUACCCCAACGAGGACUACGACCGGCGCAAUGAAGACGUGGACCCCAUGGCGGCGUCUGCGGAGUACGAGCUGGAAAAGAGGGUGGAGCGGCUCGACCUGUUCCCCGUGGAGCUGGAGAAAGAUGGCGAGGGCCUGGGCAUCAGCAUCAUCGGGAUGGGCGCCGGCGCCGACAUGGGCCUGGAGAAGCUGGGCAUCUUCGUCAAGACGGUCACGGACGGAGGAGCGGCUCAGAGGGACGGCAGGAUCCUGGUGAACGACCUGAUCGUGGAGGUGGACGGGACCAGUUUGGUGGGAGUCACCCAGAACUUUGCCGCCUCCGUCCUCCGGAACACCGCGGGAUCCGUCAAGUUCGUGAUCGGGCGAGAGAAGCCGGGCGAGCAGAGCGAGGUGGCCCAGCUCAUCCAGCAGACCCUGGAGCAGGAGCGCUGGCAGAGGGAGAUGAUGGAGCAGCGCUACAACCAGUACAUGGACGAGCAGGAGGGCGGCGAGUACGGAACAGACGAGGAAGAGGAUGAGGACGAGGAGGUCAGUCCGCCGUAUCCCAGCGCCAUCGAGGUGUUCGACUUGGCGGAGAACGAGGACAUGUCGCCCCUGGAGACGGACCCGGAGAAGCUGGCGCAUAAAUACAAAGAGCUCCAAAUAAAGCACGCGGUGACCCAGGCUGAGAUACAACAGCUGAAGAGAAAGCUGCACCACGCGGAGCAGGACAAGCAGCGCUGGCGCAUGGAUAAGGCCCAGCUGGAGCAGACGCUGCAGGAGAACAAGGAGCGCAUGGAGAAGCUGGAGGGCUACUGGAUGGAGGCUCAGAGCCUGUGCCAGGCGGUGGACGAGCACCUGAAGGAGACGCAGUCCCAGUACCAGGCCCUGGAGCGCAAGUACAGCAAAGCCAAGCGCCUGAUCAAGGAGUACCAGCAGAAGGAGAUCGAGUACCUGAAGAAGGAGACCCAGCGCUGUGCACAAGUCGGGGCCGAGGCCUCGCUCCUCAAAGAGGAGUCCGGGCAGCUUCAGGAGCAGGUGGCAGACCUGGAGUGCAGGGUGGAGGAGCUGAAAUCUGAACCUUUAUAAAAAAAUAAAAUAAAAUGUCAAAAAAAAAAAGAAGCAACCUUAAAGGUCGGCGGCGCGUGCCAGGAGAAGACGGUGUUAUUGUACUUGACCUGCAGGGUAUUUCCUCGGUUCCCAGUCGCAUAUUGUAAAUGUGUCCUCGGCCACCCCCCCCCCCCUUUUAACCAUGUUUUUCUGUUACCAUUUGCGGGAUUGUGAAGAACAGUUUUAGCAUCACAAAUACAGACUCUGUUGAGCUCUAGAUGUACUGUUCCUUUUCAGUAUUUAAUCCCUUGAUUUGUGGUUGAGAUGGAACCAGGCUUUUGCUUUUAAUUGCCAAAAAAAAAAACUCUUUUUGCCUUGUUUUGUGACAUUUUCUCUGUACAGAUGUGAUACCGUGCGGUUUAAGGAUCAGUUUUUGGUUUGUAAAAAUUUUUAAACUGUGGAUAACAUUUAACAUAAUAUAAACUAAUGAGAUCGAGGGUCGUUGUAUAUUUGGAGUGAUGUAAAUUGGACGGAGAUUGCACUGAAGACGUCGACGAGGUGCUCCAGAUAAAAAAAAAAAAAACUGUAACCCAACCUUUGUCCUGUCACUUAACCCCCGAGAACCACCUGCUGCCUACCUUUCAGAAGUGUUUGUGUGAUUUUUACACACUGUAAGUAAGACUCAUCAGAUUCACCCCCCGCUUCUUUCAACAACAACAACUAAAAAAAGUAGGACCACAGAAGCAAGCCACAGAUGAACAAUGGAUCUCUCUCUCUCCCCCCCCUCCAAAUGGAUGUUGUCAAGGACUUGUGUACCUGGUAUUAGUUAGGACUCCCGACAUAACGGACGUGACAGGACUGCGAUUGUCGAAAGGAGCCGUUACCAGCGAGCAGAGAUGGCGAUUUUGACAAAAACAAAAAAAAAAGCGCGUGUCUGGGAACCAGCAGCUGCACCCGACACGGCUGCGCUCAGCACACGGAACACACUGCCAGGUUUGUACCCGUUUCAAUUCACGCACACUUUGAGAAUUGAGUCUACUUGUGUCAACUUGUCAUUGCCAGUAUGUAGAGUUCAGGUAAGGCUGAAAUAUUUUAACUUUACUUAAUAUUUAUAAACAUAGGUCAAAAAAAAAAAAAAGGUGGAAAUAUGAGCUAAUAAGAACAAAAACUGACAAAAGAAAUGUUGAGAAGAGCGUUGGAUCUGGAUGACUGCAGAAAUAAAUUGAGAUUAAUGAAUUGAGGAGGGAAAAAAACAGGCAUGGUUAUGGAGUAUUUUCAUAAUAUUAAGGCUUGUACAGUGCACAUGCUUUGCAUUGUAUGUUUUGUGGAAUAAAUGGUCAACAGUGA